AUGCCAUUCCCAAUUACUGCAGGUCUCCACUGCCUAUUUCUACUGGUCACAGCAUGUUGCCAAACAUCACAGGACUCAAACUUUGUUCCAUUCAUCCAAUAUACAAUUGACAGUGCACUAGGAGAGCAAAGCUUCCAGACAGAGAUGCAAAGGCAGAAGCGAAACAUGCUUACUUUUGACCUUCCCUCUCUGGAGUACACGGUUGACAUUGAAGUAAGCCUUAUGGAUUCAUCUUUUCUGGAGCAAAUCAAAGAGCAUUUCAAAAAUCUUAGUCUUUCAAUUUCAACAAAUAUUUCAAACGUAGAAAUGACACUUUCAGACAUCAACAUUACAACAGUCUGUCUGCCCAGUGGUGGGAACAAUAGCUGUUGUUCUUGUGAAAAUGGAUAUGCCUGGCCAAGUGCGGUGUGCAGUGACUUGAUAACCUGCCCUUCUGUCAGCCUAUCACCUGAUCUGCCCUGUGCCUACAUGAAGGAAAUGCCUUUCUAUGGGCCUUACUGUGAGCCUCAGACUGAAGACUCAUGUGGUAUGGGAGAGCCUAUUGUCAUGAAUAUGUCUGUCAGACUCGACAGAGACUUUUCAGAUGAUCUCAAGGAUUCCUCUUCUGAAUCAUACAAAAAAUACAAAGCUGACCUUGAAAAAGCGUUUGACGCUAGCUACGGAUGUUUACCAGGCUUUGUAUCGGCAACAGUAAUUGGUUUCAGGCCUGGAAGUAUUUUUGUGGACUAUGAAGUAAAAGCGGGAGCAGCAAGCUUCGAUCAAAUAGCAAAUUCCAACAAAAUUGUACCACAAUUUCUAGUUGCAUUGUACCAGCUAAACACAACUUCCUUCACAAGAGAAAUAACUAAUAAGACAAACUUCACUGUGAGUCCUGUAGACAUUUUUGAAGGGGAUACAGUAAGACUGAUUUGUGAGAUAAAUUCAACAUCUACGAAUGUGACCUGGUAUCACUUUGAUCAGCUCAUCUCAGUGGGCUUCCCGUAUUUGAUGGAGGGAAAAGUAACAAGUUUAACCUCGAGGUCAAUUCUUAAAAUUAUCAACGUUACGAUGAAGGAUUCUGGUUCCUAUAGGUGCACCUUCACAAACAGCAAUUCAGUUUUCACAGAGAUAUACAAGGCCACGAAAACAAUAGCAGUCUCUCCGCUAUACAUCACUUCAAACUUAAAUGACAUCAGUGUUACAUGUAACAGUCCUGAAGUGCAGACAAACAGUCCUCUGCUGUCCUGUUGUAUUGACAGACACUUACCAUCACUUACUAUUGACUGGAAAGUAAAUGGAGCAAUCAAUAUUACAGGAGUCUCCAGUUUCAGUGGAAAUUGCACAGAAUACAAGCUCAACGUCAGUGAAUCACUAUGUCCCCCUGAGAAGUCGGGUACAGUGACGACAUAUACAUGUGAGCUGCAGACUGGACUCGGUGCCAGGUGCAGUCAAAACAUCAGAGUGACGUACCUCCGGACAGCCCAUGUAACAAUAUCUUCGAGCAUAAACUCAUCAGUUUCCGAGGGAUAUGCGUUCAAUCUAAGGUGUGAAAGUGAUGUGAGCAAUUAUGACAGUAUCAGUUGGAAAAUCCAGUCUGGAAAUAACACAAAAACAGUAGACUGUGAUACGUGCAUCGAAAAUAGCAAAUUUCCAGCCACAUCUGUGCUCACAGUGAAGGCUGCCACACAGGACUGGAGCGGCACCUACAUCUGCACAUUCUCCCAGAAGCACUUGGAGAGUUCUGCCAAUGUGACAAUCGAGGUUAUUUCCUUGCCUGGGAAGCAGAACAUCCUGAUAGACCCCAUCGCAGCAGCUACACUGUGCAAAGUGCAACAAGCCCUUGAGUGCUGCAUAAAUGCUAACACCAUGGAAGAUUACACUGUUACAUUCGUUGUUCAACAACAUGAAACUCAAGUUGGAAAACAGAAAAAAGGAAAUUUGUUUUGUUAUGUGUACAAUUACACAGAAACAGAAUGCAGCAAAGAGAAAGAGCUCAGAGCAUAUUGCAGGUUUAUUAACCGCAUUGGACAGGAAGUCAGCAGCAAAAGUAUAAGACUGCACCUGAUAUCUGAUAAGGACGUUUCCUGCUCAGACAGUCUCGGCAUUGGAACAGAAGGGACUACAUUAAUAAAACCAUGCUGUGAAUUAGAUAGUCCAGACGGUUUUACUAAAGGCAAUAUAAUUUACAAGUGCUCUAACAAAUCAUGGAAGGUUGAAAGGAACAACUGCCUGUCUGUACCAAUAAACAACCUGCUGACUAGUGCGGAGUCUUUGGUCAACAGUCCUGAGGCAAAAGCCAACCUGCCUAACUACCUUGCAGAGCUUAAGGAAAUUACAAGAAAGGAACAAAGCAUAAUAAACAGUUCCCCUGCAAACCUAGGCGCAAUCGUUACCAUUCUGGAUAUGGUCUCCUCUAUCCCAGCAGACGCAGAGGAGCUCAUUAUUCAAAAUUUCCUCUCCACAGUAGACUCCCUUGUUGCUGAUUCCACAACUGAAGCUUGGGAAGACUUGAAUAAAGAGGACAUAUUCAAAAGUUCUUUGUUACUGCGUUCAGUAGAAAAUUUUUCCCUGCACCUCCAACCAGUUAACAACACCAUUCCCCCUGUCUCUGCAAACACCCUUCAGCUACAAGGUACAGUUGUCACAGAAAAUAGCAACUCAGAUUAUAAGAAGAACUUCCGCAGUACAGAAAACCUCACAGUUAAUGUGCUCAUUGAUGAAACUGAAAUUCAGACUCUAACCCAAAAUUCAACCAUUGUCAGUGUGAUGUACUCAAAACUUGGACAUAUUUUGCCCCUGGAAAAGCCCAAGAGUGUGAACGGCUUACUGAUAACAACAACUGUGAGCAGCAACAGAAGCCAGAAGUUCGAUAUUAAUAUGACCUUUGCAAAGAAAAACUUGUCUCUAAAGAUGCCCCAGUGUGUCUUUUGGAACUUCACAUUCGACAAACACGGAGAGGGCUGGGAUAGUCGGGGUUGCACACCCACAAAUGUAGAAGAUUAUGUAAUUUGCUCCUGCAAUCACUUGACAACGUUCUCCAUUCUGAUGUCACCUGAUGAAUCCUCCCCGGUAAUCUUUGAAGAUUAUAUUACCUACAUUGGCCUGGCCAUUUCAAUCCUGAGUUUGGUGAUCUGCAUUAUAAUUGAAUCGUUAGUCUGGAAAUAUGUGACAAACAAUACCACCUCCUAUAUGCGCCAUGUCUGUAUACUCAACAUAGCUACAUCACUCCUGAUUGCUGACAUUUGGUUCAUUGUCACUGCCUCCAUCAAUGACCAAAACCAGCAGAUGAGCAGAGGCAUCUGUUUCGUGGCCACCUUCUUCAUCCAUUUAUUCUACCUGUGUGUCUUCUUCUGGAUGGUCAGCCUGGGCCUCAUUCUUUUCUACAGACUGGUCUUCAUCUUACAUAACACAAGCAAGACCGCUCAGAAAGCAGUGGCAUUCUGCUUGGGAUAUGGGUGCCCCUUUGUCAUUGCAGUCAUCACCAUCGCUGUCACACUGCCAAAGAACAAUUACACCAGAAAGGAUGUCUGCUGGCUCAACUGGAAGGACAGCAAAGCUCUCUUGGCCUUUGUCAUACCUGCCCUGAUCAUUGUGGCCAUGAAUUUGUUCUUCACCGCAGUUGUUAUAAUAAAAAUACUGAGACCAACUAUUGGGGAUAGGUCAAACAGGCAGGAGAGGAACUCUUUGUUUCAAAUUGGCAAAAGUGUGGCCAUCUUGACACCACUGUUAGGCCUCACCUGGGGAUUUGGCCUUGCCACCAUCAUCAAAAACAGCCAUCGAGUGUUCCACAUCCUUUUUGCUCUGCUCAAUGCUUUGCAGGGAUUAUUCAUUUUGGUGUUUGGGACUCUCUGGGACAAGAAGAUACAAGAAGCCCUGCUGAAGAGGAAUUCAAUGUCCAAAUGGAGUUCGCAGCAAACAAAGUCAAGCUCCCUGAUCCUGGUGACACCAAUGCUUGCUAUGAGCUACCCAUUUUCAAGAACCUUUAACAACUUAUGUGGGAAAACAGGAAAGUACAGAGUAUCUUCUUCAGAGCCAUCCAGCUCUUCCUCUGAAAACACUUCCAAGUCAUAUUCUUUGCUUAACUAA